AUGACAAAUAGCUCAGCAUUUGCUUCAAGUGACAACGAACAGUGCCCUGCAGCCGUAGAUCAGAUGUACAUCAAGCCUUUCUACGAAAUCCCCUGGUCGUCCAGUGAGAAUAUUGAGUUCGAGGAUCCUGGACACGAUCCUUUUGUAGAUAAUAGCGAUGCGAUUAAGAUGAAUCAUUUAAGAGGAUCUGGAAAGCAAGGGAAGUGUAGAGAGAAGGCUGUGUGGACAUCACUGCAGGGAAUGAGGGGGCAAAGCAGGGCCGGCCCUGCUCCCGCUGCAAAUAGACAUCUUAUAGACUUCUGGAAGGACUUUAGCAACGGCGAAGUGUUUUCUCUCCCCACCCUUGGACCUGGAAAAAGUGAUAGCAUCCAGAGGAUUUCUGUUGAUGUUGCAAAGCAGGUUGUUGAGGGGAUGUAUAACAUCGACUACCUGGUCAUAGACUGCAGGUUCCCAUAUGAGUAUCGAGGAGGACAUAUCAUAAAUGCAGUGAACAUCAGCUCCACCAAGAAGCUGGGCCUCCUCUUCCGAAGACCAAGGGCUUUGAUCUUCCACUGCGAGUUCUCAUCCAUAAGGGCUCCGAGACUUGCCCAGCAUCUCAGGAACAUGGACAGGAUGAAGAAUCCAUAUCCGCUGCUGACCAUCCCUGAAGUGUAUGUGAUGGAGGGGGGGUACAGGAAGUUUUACAGCAGGUAUCCGGACCUGUGCGAUCCAAAGGGAUAUGUGACAAUGGACAACCUUGAUUAUAGAGACCUGUAUAAAAGAGACAAGCUUAGAUCGAAUAAAUGA